AUGGUUGAGGGAAAAGCACUAAUGGACAGAAGAGAGGACAUUAUUCUGUCCUGGAUAAUUCAUUCAAUGAGAUCAUCAUGCAUUGGUGACACCGUGUAUGUCAUGAGUUGGAUGGUGGUAGCAGCUGUAACUAAAGAUAUUGGAGAUCAUAUUAUGGUAAGAAGGGAAGGAGCUAGCUCCGGUAAGGUGCGAGGCAAUAGCAGCGGCGGGAGCGGCAGCAGCAGCAGCAGCAGCAGCACCGAGCAGAGCCGUGCGCCAGCCCCGGGCGGCGGCGGCGGCGGCGGCGGCGGCAGCAACAGCGGCGGCGGCGGCGGCGGCGCCGGCUCCUCCUCCACCAACAGUAACGGCGGCGGCGGCGGCGGGUCGCAGGCGAUGCGCAGAGUCUGUCUCCCGACCCCUCCGGGCAAUAUAUUCGGGGGUCUGGAUGAAAGUUUGUUGGCCCGCGCCGAGGCUCUGGCGGCUGUGGACAUCGCCUCGCACGGCGGCACCAAGAGCCACCCGUUCAAACCGGACGCCACCUACCACACCAUGAACAGCCUUCCCUGCACCUCCUCCUCCUCCAGCAACAACGCACCCCCUUCCCCCCCCCCGGGCUUGGGCUCGCACCACCACCAUCACCACCACCACCACCACCACAGCCACCACCAGCCUCACCAGAGCCUGGUGGACGCGGGGGACCUGCUGGAGCACCUGUCCCCCGGCCUGGCGCUGGGCGGCAUGGCCGGGCCGGACGGCUCGCUGGUGCCCACGGCCGCCGCCCACCCGGCGCACAUGGCCGGCAUGAACCACAUGCACCAAGCCAUGAGCAUGGCGGCCGCCCACGCCGCCUCGCACGGGCUGUCCGUCCCUUCCCACAUGGGCUGCCUGGGCGACAUGGACGCCGACCCCCGCGACCUGGAGGCGUUCGCCGAGAGGUUCAAGCAGAGGAGGAUCAAGCUGGGGGUGACCCAGGCCGACGUGGGGUCGGCGCUGGCCAACCUGAAGAUCCCCGGGGUGGGCUCGCUCAGCCAGAGCACCAUCUGCAGGUUCGAGUCGCUGACCCUGUCCCACAACAACAUGAUCGCCCUCAAGCCCAUCCUGCAAGCCUGGCUGGAGGAGGCCGAGAAGUCCCACCGGGAGAAGCUCAACAAGCCCGAGCUCUUCAACGGCGCCGAGAAGAAGAGGAAGCGCACGUCCAUCGCCGCGCCGGAGAAGAGGUCGCUGGAAGCCUACUUCGCCAUCCAGCCCCGGCCCUCGUCCGAGAAGAUCGCCGCCAUCGCCGAGAAGCUGGACCUCAAGAAGAACGUGGUCCGCGUCUGGUUUUGCAACCAAAGGCAGAAGCAGAAGCGAAUGAAGUACUCCGCGGGUCACUAGCGGUGACUUUCUGCGAUG